AUGAGUUUAGAUAGUCAGGAUUGGUUCGCUGACCACGUAGGGGCAGUCAUGGCAAUAGGCCCUACAACAAAGUAUUGUAUCAGUGCGGUGUACCCAGGUCAAGGCACUGCAUUACACGAUGAGAUAUACACUAACAAUUAUGGAGGCAUUGAUCUGUUUUGUAAUGCCGAUAGCGACAACUUUGAUUCAGGCACAACGUGA